GGCUUCGGAUAUUUGUUAUUAAUAUUAUAACCGCUUUAUGUAGGUUUCGCUGCGUCUGGGAAUCUGGGGUCACAUUCUUCCAGUAUACAGACAGGUUAACUGGCGCUGACACCCUGAGUGGCACUCCUCCAGGCGAGUCCCCGGCCUGCGGCCUGCUUUAUAUUGCUAUAGCCAGUCAUGAUUGGCAGUUGAGAAAAAUGUCUUUAUACGAUGACCUUGGAGUUGAGACCAGUGACUCAAAAACAGAAGGAUGGUCGAAGAACUUUAAGCUUUUACAGUCCCAACUGCAAGUGAAGAAAGCAGCACUGACACAAGCAAAGACACAAAGAACGAAACAGAGCAAUGUACUUGCUCCUGUGAUAGACCUUAAGCGUGGCGGUACUGAUCAGAUUGUGGACACACCACCUCAUAUUGCCUCUGGGUUAAAGGAUCCAGUUCCCAGUGGCUUCACUACCGGAGAGGCUCUGGUACCAUUAGCAGAUGAGUAUGACCCUAUGUACCCCAAUGAAUACGAGAAAGUAGUGAAACGUCAGAGGGAGGAGAGGCAGAGGCAGCGUGAAAUUGAGAGACAGAAAGAAAUAGAAGAAAGGGAAAAGCGAAGAAAGGACAGACAUGAAGCCAGUGGAUUUUCCCGUCGUCCAGAUCCUGAAGACGAAGAAGACGAAGAAUAUGAACGAGAGAAAAGAAAGAGGGUAGUAGGAGGAGCUGCUAUUGCACCACCAACAUCCCUUGUUGAGAAGGACCGAGAAUCUAUUGUGCCACAAUAUGAUGACGAACCAAAGCCACGUCCUCCCGUUGCAAAAGCUGCCAUACCACCACCGAUGUAUGAUGAGCCAGAGAGAUCACGUUCACCACCGAUGCCUAGUAAUUCCUUCUUAGCAAAUAUGGGUGGAACGGUGGCUCACAAAAUAAUGCAGAAGUAUGGCUUCCGGGAAGGUCAGGGUCUUGGAAAGCAUGAACAGGGGCUCAGCACUGCGCUUUCUGUUGAAAAAACAAGCAAGAGAGGAGGCAAAAUUAUUGUUGGGGAUUUGGCAGAUAAAGUUGACUCCUCAAAGAAAGCGGACCCAAACCCUCUGACAGAAAUGUUAAAGUGCCCCACCAAGGUUGUUUUACUACGGAACAUGGUAGGUGCCGGAGAGGUUGAUGAAGAUCUAGAAGCUGAAACUAAAGAAGAAUGUGAAAAAUAUGGAAAAGUUUCAAAAUGUGUUAUUUUUGAGAUCCCUGGUGCUCCUGAUGAGGAUGCUGUGAGAAUAUUUCUGGAAUUUGAACGGGUGGAGUCCGCAAUUAAAGCUGUGGUUGAUCUAAAUGGAAGAUAUUUUGGUGGCAGAAUAGUAAAGGCAUCUUUCUACAACCUGGACAAAUUCAGAACUUUGGAUCUUGGCGAUUAACAAGAGAUUGAGACCGUCUCUCUACAGGUUGCCAUGGGCUGUCUGUUUCAACCAAGUGGAAAGGACAUCUCUAACUAACCCAUAGUGUGUAAAGUGCCCUGCUCUGCUCUCCUUUGAUACACCGGGUUAUAUUUGUCACGUUUAUUGUGAUGAGCUUUUUUUCCCUUUGUUACUUUUCGUUUUAUACCAUAAAAGACUUUGUGAAAACACAA